UCUUCCGGAUAUUAGGUAGUAAGGUAUAUAUGUACCUUUCUUCUCCUUGGGAUUUUCGCAACUAACACACUCUCUUUUCUUGUUCUUCUUCUUUUGUGCAUCCCCCUAAUGAUUAGCGAUCUCUAAGUUAUACAGCGUCCAAAUUACUUUUUAUCCUAUAUAUAUAGCUACUGGCUUCACAUGCAGCCACUACCAAGUCAUCCACUUAAUUCCAACCCUCUGAUCUGCUUCUCUGAUCUCUGGAAGUGAUCUCUACCUCUCUCUCAUGGCUGAGAUUGAUUAUCUAUCAGAACCAAAUACUUCCAUUACCACACCUCUUAAGCUCUUUGGCUUCAAAAUCCAGAACGUUUCAGAAGAAAACGACUCAGAUUCAAGCAAAACCCCAUCUGGGUUACAUGAAACAGAAGCUUUCCAAUCUACCGAAGGCCGAAAAUUCGAGUGUCAAUACUGCUGCCGCGAGUUCGCCAACUCACAAGCAUUGGGAGGCCAUCAAAACGCCCACAAGAAAGAAAGACAGCUACUAAAGCGCGCACAAAUGCAAGCCAGUCGAAACCAGCUGGGUGCUGCUUCGCACCUCCGGCAAACCCCGAUAAUAUCAGCCUUCACACCACCACCACACUUCCUUGGUCCGGCGGUGGGGGCGCCGCCACAGUCCCCCUCGUGGUUUCUCAUGUCUCAUCCAGGUGCAGCCACUCCAGCUUUCACCCUGCAGCCAAGCAGUGGCGUGUAUCAUUCCGGGGCUACGACCUCGGUGCCUGGAAGGCGUGUCUAUGCCGCCGGGGGAGUUGGGGAGCCUAUGAUGACGGUUUUCUCCCAUGGGGUCGGGAACCAUGCCGGAAUUGUGCCGGGGGGGAGUGGGUUUGCCAGAGAUGGUGGAGGUUCGCACUUUGACAGAGGUUUGGGCCUGGACUUACAACUUGGCCUUGGACCUAGAGGGCCAUAA